AUGAGUUCUCCGGUGAUGAAUCAAGACAUGAUCCAAGAAGUUCUUUCUUAUCUCCCGGCUUCAAAAAAUGGAAAAUUCAGGCUCCUGAAUAAAGAGUGCAACAAGAGAAGCUACGAGUCAUGGUUUCUCAAUCUCAAUUUCUAUAGAACCAACUAUAUCUCCGGAUACUUCCUAGAAAGCUACAAAGGAGGAUACACAAUUGAUACCAGUUUUGUCCAUGAGAGGAGAGAUUUGGAAAACAAAGGAGUCUCCAUCGAUUUUCUGCCACAGGGAGAGAGAAAGAUCAAAGCUUGUGAUGCAAGUCAUGGGAUAUUGCUUUGUGUUAAUGAUACAGGACUAAUACCUGAAUACAUAGUCUGCAAACCAACCACAAAACAGUAUCAUAUCAUACCAACCCCAAAAUUGUGUAGCCGUGAUAAGUCACUCGGUAUAACGGUAACUGGAUUGGAGCCUUUCCGUUUCCCAGAGUUGGUCAGAUACGAAGGGAAGCUAGGUGUUAUUCUUCACUGGAUAAACAAAGAUCAAGAAGAUGUUCACGGAUUAUGGGUUUUAAAGAGCAGUUGUGGAAAGGCGUGGAUAAAAGUGAAAGAUAUUAAAAGCAUUGGAUUAGGUCAGAUUGUGUGGACUCCAAGCAACGACGACCGAGGUUACUUGGCGAACCAAGGAAGCAAGAGAAGUCGGCUCUUGAAAGAAGGCCACACAAACAACAACAUUCUCCAAGUCGGCAUAGUACAAGUCGGCAUAGUACAAGUUUGUCGACUACAAAUCUGCUUACAAGAAGUUUGCUUUUGCCUUUAUGAACUACUUCAGACUACAACUCUGCUAAGGUUACAAGUCAAAAGCAAAAUUCUUACUGGCCCCUCCAUAACGAACAUGCAACACUUCUUCUUCCCUCUAGGCUCUCUCAUACAUCAUGCUAAGAUAUUGUGUCGGUAUAUCUACGACAUUAACGUGAACGUAAACACAAACAUGAAGCUUAAUCUAAUUUCUCUUUACACAAAUCUUAGCAAUGCUUUCUCAAAUAAAAGAUUUUACAAAAUCAACUAUGACGGAUCAAAUACGCAAAUAGUUAUGUGA